AUGGAACUGUAUAGAGCAGAUCCCGAUACUCAACACGAAGUAGACCUCCUGAUAUUGGACUACCUACUUUGCACCUCCAUAUACGGCUUGAUAUACGCGGGCAGAUUGGAGACUCAACAGCAACCUGAUGAACACGAUCUCAACUGGCAUGUUGACACAGUACACACCUUAAAGUCAGCACUUCAACUAUCGGGAUUUUUUUCUGAUGACAUGCUGGUCAAGGUACAACUCCUUGAAUUCGCCAGAGACUUCCGAUCCUAUCCAGGCGCAUGUCUCCCCCUUCAACCUCACGGGUCCCAGUUAGGUACAGAUAAUGAUUGCCUGCAAGCAAAAUCAGCUCCCCUGCCUGAGUUGGCAGUGGCCUUCAUAUCCCUCUGCCGCACUGUUGGCGCGAAGCUGUCGGGCGCGAGAUGGGCUGAUACGGCAGCACUGUUCUUCAUGCAAGCUGCGGUUGAAGAAUACAGAACAUCCGAGUCCUCAGAUGGUCUCAGUAAGCGUAUAGCAUGGGCCGAAGAAAUCUUAGGUCAGGCAGCAAAUACGAACCCCGCAUCUAGACGGUACAUGAGUCACCUUCGACCACCAGAUGGAACCCCCCUCAAUAUCCACUUGGAUGCCGUUUCCGCAAAUUUCCCAUUACCUCAGUUCAGGUCCGCGGUUUUGGAUGUUUUGCUUGAUAUCAUGAAAGUCCUCGAGUCUCCUGUGCUUAUCCAACUCGAACGUGGGAAGCUCGAGGGGCUGAGUCGGGCGGAGACGAGGCAAUUGAAAGAUAGAGUGGGACUUAAGUGA